UUUUGUAUUUCUUUGUUUGUCGUCAGCCUCCUCAUCUAGGCUGUGAUCUCCACGAGGUCAGAAACCAUGUCUACCUCAUUCAUUGCCUUACACCCCAGUCCUAGCUGAGUCUGAUACAGGAUGGUGCUUGAUAAAUGAAGUGUGAAUGAACAUAAAGUAAUCCAUCUGGUCUCUUUACCACACGUACUUAAACACGAAUAACCCUCGAAGCCGCCUGCUUGCCUGCCAUUGCCUAGUUCCUUCCGCAGAUCUUCUCCAGGAAUUUCCUUUCUUCGGAAGAGUCUGCUGAAGGUGAGGGUCAUGGAUUUUAUCACCUCUACGGCCAUCCUGCCCCUGCUCUUUGGCUGUGUGGGAAUCUUCAGCCUCUUCAAGCUGCUGCAGCGGAUGCGAAUGAAGGCCUACCUCCGGAACGCUGUGGUGGUCAUUACAGGCGCUACCUCAGGCCUGGGGCGAGAAUGCGCCAAAGUCUUCUACACUGCAGGUGCCAGGCUGGUGCUCUGUGGCCGGAACCGGGAGGCCCUGGAAGAGCUCACCAAAGAACUUGCUGCCUCUCUGGCCACCAAGGUGCAGACACACAAGCCUUACACGGUGGCCUUUGACCUUGCGGACCCUGGGGCCAUAGUUGCAGCAACAGCUGAGAUCCUGCAGUGCUUCGGCUACGUGGAUGUGCUCAUCAAUAAUGCUGGCAUCAGCUACCGAGGCGCCAUUGUGGACACUACCCCAGACGUGGAUAAGAAAGUCAUGGAGACAAACUACUUUGGCCCAGUUGCUCUAACGAAAGCACUCCUGCCCUCCAUGAUCAAAAGGCGACAAGGCCAUAUUGUUGUGAUCAGCAGCAUCCAGGGCAAAAUCAGCAUUCCUUUCCGAUCAGCAUAUGCGGCCUCCAAACAUGCAACCCAGGCAUUCUUUGACUGUCUUCGUGCCGAGAUGGAACAGUAUGAGAUCGAGGUGACUGUCAUCAGCCCCGGCUACAUCCACACCAACCUCUCUGUAAAUGCUGUCACUGCUGAUGGGUCCAAAUACGGAGUUAUGGACAAGACCACAGCCCAAGGCCGAAGCCCCGUGGAGGUGGCCCGAGAUGUUCUGGCUGCGGUGGGAAAGAAAAAGAAAGAUGUGAUCCUGGCCGACCUCCUGCCUUCCUUGGCCAUUUAUCUGCGAACUCUGGCUCCUGGGCUCUUCUUCAGCCUCAUGGCCUCCAGGGCCAGAAAGGAGCGGAAAUCCAAGAACUCCUAGUCGCACGUCUGAGCUGGGAUAGGGAAGCAGCACCUGCCUGGGUACAGGUGCUGGACAGGGACAGCUGUGUUUGUUGAGACUUUACUGGAUGUUUGUCUUACGAGUGGGAAAGAUGGAACAUACAUACGCUUGUCCCGAACUGAAGAUCCCUGGCUAGGCCUCUGCUAAUAGAAUGAAAACCAAAAAGGCAACAACCUUCUUCCCAGGGAUGAGGGGUAAACCUUACGGAACAAAUGUGGAGCUCAGUUUAAAGUAAGGACCUGAAAUAAAUGAAUGAGCAGUCAGAGGUGUAGUCCUCAAGGGCUGGAAGAACUAUGCCUCCUUUGAAUUCCAGCCUCCGCCAGCUCCUAGAAAGUGUUUCAGCCUUGAAAACAGAAGACAUCCUGACGUCACCUGACCCAGUUCUCAUAUUUGACUUACCUGGACCACGUGCCUAAUUGUUUUGGCAGAGGCACCUGCAGCACUCAAGGGAGAAGGCUGUCGUAAGAAGCCAUCAUCCAUAUCCAUUUUCAGGGCUCUACAGUCCAUCAUCCAACAUGACCAAUGGGCUAAUACGCCUUCUGUCUUCCAGCAUAACCCAAGUGAUGCCGGCUUUAAGUUCCUAAAAGGAAUUCCCUGUUUCCCCUGUAAACUCUCACCUCAAGCCCCGUAGACCAGGCCCCACUCCAAGCAGAAGACGAAUUUAUUAAGGAAACAGGCAAAAGGGAGAGGAAAACCCCACAUGGUCCCGUGUAUUCUCUAGGAAAGAAGACUCAGAAACCUGGUCAGGUGGGGAGGGAUUCUAAAGCGGCAUCUGGUCCCUGGUGAGAGCAGUCAUUUGCUAGCUGUGCCUGUUGGAUGCCUGCUUCCACCUUUUUGAUUUCUUAAAAAUACAUGCUUGAGGUUCAAUGAGUGAAUCAACUUCAUAUUGAAAGUCUAGGAUGAAACUUUUCCUAUUAUUGAGGCUGAAAGUGGAAAUUGUGGGUGCAUCGUAUGACUUUCCCAACUUGGAAUAAAAAUCUUGCGUAUCAUACCGGCACCUCGCACUGUGUCCCAACUCUGGUCCUAUGGAGCUUGUGUUUUAAAAGCUAUCCCUGAAAUAAAAAUGGCCAAAGCCACA